GUAUUCGGGUUUAUUUAUUACAAAAGAAAGGCGAAUGCAUGUAGGCUACAUCAGCUAUUUCCGAAAGCACCUCCCUUAAUCGCGGCAUUUUUGUGUGUUUUCGGGAGCUAAAGAAAGAAAGAAAGAAAGAGUGAAACCGCCUUCUUCCAACUUUCCCCGAGGCAUGGAAUCUUGCUAUGGAAUACUUCCAAGUUCCAAUGGUUUGUUUAGGAAGAACAGUGGCCUUCCAUCUGUUCUUCACAUCGUCUUUAGUGGCUGAGACAGAUCGCAUCACUUCAAAAGAGCAAACCACUAACUUGCUACUUUGAAGUCUGCAGAAGAUUUGGAAAAACACUGAAUGAAUGAAAUGGCCGAUGAGAAUGAUCCACUUGGAGCGAGAGAAAUUAUUAAAGAUAGGCUGUACUUUGCCACUCUCAGAAGCAAACCAAAAAGCACGCCAAAUACCCAUUAUUUCACCACGGAUGAUGAAUACAUCUAUGAAAACUUUUAUGCAGAUUUUGGUCCUCUCAACCUCGCCAUGGUAUACAGAUUCUGCUGUAAAUUGAACAAAAAACUCAAGUCCUUUACCCUGUCUCGGAAACGAGUGAUCUACUACACCAACUACGACCAGCGCAAACGCGCUAAUGCUGCAUUCUUAAUUGGUGCCUAUGCGGUAAUCUACUUAAAGAGAACUCCCGAGGAGGCCUACCGGGCUCUUAUCUCUGGAACUAAUGUGUCAUACCUGCCCUUUAGGGAUGCUGCAUUUGGAAACUGCACAUAUAACCUGUCUAUUCUUGACUGUUUACAAGGGAUACGCAAGGCUCUGCAGCAUGGGUUCUUCAACUUUGAGACAUUUAAUGUGGAAGAGUAUGAACACUAUGAGCGAGUAGAGAAUGGAGACUUCAACUGGGUCGUGCCAGGAAAGCUCCUGGCCUUUAGUGGCCCACACCCAAAGAGUAAAAUAGAGAAUGGCUACCCUCUCCAUGCCCCGGAGGCGUACUUCCCAUACUUCAGGCAGCACCAUGUGACCGACGUGGUGCGGCUCAACAGGAAGAUCUAUGAGGGCCGCCGCUUCAGCGACGCGGGUUUCCAGCACCACGACCUGUUCUUUGUGGAUGGCUCCACGCCCAGCGACCUCAUCAUGAGGCGCUUCCUGCACAUUUGCGAGAGCUCAGAAGGCGGUGUGGCGGUGCACUGCAAAGCUGGCCUUGGCAGAACAGGCACCCUGAUAGCCUGUUAUCUGAUGAAACACUACCGUUUCACGGCAGCCGAGGCCAUUUCCUGGAUACGGAUCUGCAGGCCCGGUUCCAUCAUCGGGCCACAGCAGAACUUUUUGGAAGAGAAGCAGCACAGUAUGUGGGUGCAGGGGGACAUGUACCGGUCAAAGCAGCGGCAGCAGCAGCAGCGGCAGAACCGCCAGCAGGAACAGGACAUGAACCAUCUCAUCUCCAGCAUGGACGAUGUGUCCAUCAACAACACCGUCUUCAAGUCCCAAAGCAUGGACGAGAAUGACCUCAGGGCGGACAGUGUGGGGCUGACUCAGGGAGAUAAACUCCGGGCCUUAAAGGCUCGACGCCAUUCCAGAUCUGCCACUAAUAUAGGAGGGAUAAGUGGAAUAAACCCAGCACAGAGUCCCAAUUCGCCCCCCAAACCACCACCGCAAGCUGUCUCUGCAUUCACCCAAUCUGCUGCACCGAGACGGCUCGCUCGCAGUCCCUCAUCCUCAGCGGGGAAUCUUAAAAGUUUAAACCCCAGAUUAGCCCGAUCCCUUGGCAACCUCUACGGGGGUGACGACAUGGCUGAGAGUGCAGAUGACAUGUCCUCUCCUCCUGCUGCUCCUACGCCCUGUGCCUCCUCCACCCCCGCCUCCUGCCCUCCCUUCUCCUCAGCUGCCUCCUCCACCUCUCUGCCUCCUCCCCGGCCCUUGGGCUUUGGCUACCCGCCCGGUGAGCCCCGUCUACCAGUCGGCCCAAACUACCACAAGGAGCCCGGCAGCAGCAGCCCCGUUGACCGUCCCGUGCGGCCCAGGGGUCCAGCCUUUGCUGUGGGCCCCAGGGGUCCCGCUGGGCCUCGCAGACCCCCAGUCCGUCCUGGGCUCACGGGACGGUACCUGAGCCGAUCCAUCCCUUCACUUCAGUCUGAAUAUGUUCACUACUAAAGUGGUUGUGCUGCGUUGACAAGUGCACCUGGAGCCCCGGAAUCACAAUUUGCACACUGAAGUUUGAAGAAUAUGUACCUCUGUUAGAAAACCAUAACCAUGUACACCAUUCCUGAAAGCAAACUACCCUUUAUAUGUUAACUGGAAUAACUGUACAGAAUAGUUUUUUUUAAUUGAUUUUAUUAUAGUUACAACAUCAAAUGUAUUUUAUGUGCGUUGAUUCUAAUUCAAUUUUGAAUUAAAUACUGUGGUG